AUGCAGCCAGAGCCCAGAAACCCCACCACCACCACCACUCACUGUUGUUACUGUACAGUACCAGCCAAUGCAGACAGAGCCCAGAAACACCACCACCACCACCACCACUCUACUCUACUCUACCGUGCAACUACAGAGCCUGGAGGCACACACUGUUAUGUAGGGGAACCAAAUCUGGUGUGUGCUGCCGCUGGCUAGCUGUUUAGGUUAAAUGUCUGUCACCAGAGACUAUGUACCUGUUAGUUCUGUACUAGAACGAGACACACUCCAGGAAAGCUUUCAUUUAGUGUGUUUACCAUACUGUACUACCGUAUUAGAUGGUAGGCUACUGUAAAACAACCCACACUGUACUACCGUAUUAGAUGGUAGGCUACUGUAAAACAACCCAUACUGUACUACCUUAUUAGACAGUAGGUUACUGUAAAACAACCCAUACUAUAAUGCCGUAUUAGACGAUAGGUUACUGUAAAACAACCCAUACUGUACUACCGUAUCAGACGGUAGGCUACUGUAAAACAACCCAUACUGUACUACCGUAUUAGAUGGUAGGCUACUGUAAAACAACCCACACUGUACUACCGUAUUAGAUGGUAGGCUACUGUAAAACAACCCAUACUGUACUACCAUAUUAGACGGUAGGCUACUGUAAAACAACCCAUACUGUACUACCGUAUUAGACGGUAGGCUACUGUAAAACAACCCACACUGUACUACCGUAUUAGAUGGUAGGCUACUGUAAAACAACCCAUACUGUACUACCGUAUUAGAUGGUAGGAUACUGUAAAACAACUCAUACUGUACUACUGUAUUAGAUGGUAGGCUACUGUAAAACAACCCAUACUGUACUACAGUAUUAGAUGGUAGGCUACUGUAAAACAACCCAUACUGUACUACCUUAUUAGACGGUAGGCUACUGUAAAACAACCCAUACUGUACUACCGUAUUAGAUGGUAGGCUACUGUAAAACAACCCAUACUGUACUACCGUAUUAGAUGGUAGGCUACUGUAAAACAACCCAUACUGUACUACCGUAUUAGAUGGUAGGCUACUGUAAAACAACCCACACUGUACUACCGUAUUAGACAGUAGGCUACUGUAAAACAACCCACACUGUACUACCAUAUUAGACAGUAGGUUACUGUAAAACAACCCAUACUAUAAUGCCGUAUUGGACGAUAGGUUACUGUAAAACAACCCAUACUGUACUACCGUAUCAGACGGUAGGCUACUGUAAAACAACCCAUACUGUACUACCGUAUUAGAUGGUAGGCUACUGUAAAACAACCCACACUGUACUACCGUAUUAGAUGGUAGGCUACUGUAAAACAACCCACACUGUACUACCGUAUUAGACGGUAGGCUACUGUAAAACAACCCAUACUGUACUACCAUAUUAAACCGUAGGCUACUGUGAAACAAGCUAGACAUGACAAAGGCGACAGCUGCGUUUCCUGACGCUGCAAAAUAACCUUCACACACCUGUCUCCACGCUUCUACUCUUUAGACUCUUCAGCCCAGACGGAGUGGGAAUGUGAACUGACUGUAAGGGAUUUAGAUCAGUUGUACACCAUAACUUGUCAAAGUAGCAUUAACAUGACUUGAGAUGAGAAGUAUAUUUGAGAUGAUGGCUGGUGUAUUCUUGGCUUCCUGCCAGGUCCAGGUGGUUAGUGAUAGACCUACGGAAGCCUGCCAAUGUAUGCAAUACCUAUAGCGGUAUGAAGCCUAUAGGUCUCAUAUGUCUGGUUUAUGUGAGAGUGCAUGGCCUGGUGGCUCAUGUUACAGACAGUGCAUGUGGAUGUACAGUGCAGGCCACCACAGGCACCAGACAAUGUGGCCCUGUCAAUCUCAAUCUAAUUCAGUGUACAAUAUGUUUUACAUAGGCGACGAAUAGUUUUAUUGCAGUAUCGUCGAUUACAUUACAAUUCUGACCUCUAUAUUAGUUAGACCUCUGUUUGGCAGGUUGGCCAGAUGUCCAGCCCGUUUUACCAUUGCAAAUCUGUUACAGCUCACCUCAGGUUGGCAAACUUGGCAUCAAUGACUAGUCAUUUCACUAAAGCUCAAGUGAAGUUUGUCCUUGACUCUUACAUGUGUACAGUAACUAUAGUAACACUGGCCAAACAGCUAACCUUUGCCUUUCAUUUCUAACUUUAGACCUUUCUAAAGGUCUGCUCUCUACUGUAACCUAAAAGGGUAUUGACUUCCUCCACAUUUGGGCUUGAUUGGGCUGCAAAGGUGAUCAACGUUGUGCUGCAGUGGCCAGCUCUUUCUAAGUGUAGCAGCCAGCAAUGCAGCAGUGUUUUACUAAAUAAGAGCAGGAACAAAGUAGGAGUGCUGGUUUAGGAUCAGUUUGGCCUUUUAGAUCAUAAUGAGUAAUAUGAUAUGGACAGAGGGGUCCUGAUCCUAGAUCAGCACUUCUAAGUGUAGCAGCCAUAGCAAUGCAGAGUUUUACUAAAUAAGAGCAGGACUUCCCCUGGAAGGCUACCAGUGCCUUGCUGGUCGCUAAUUUUAGAGCCUUGAAUCAGACUGCCCUUAGCCUUGCCUUGCCUCAGUGAAGGACACCUGAUGCUUACCCUCUCUGUCCACCAUCCUAUCACUAUCCUCCCCCUCUUAAGCCAGGAAUGGGGCCAAUGCUUUAGUUAGACGGAUGGCUGCAGGGAGUCGGGGACUAAAAGAAGGACCACAGACGUGUAUGGACCUUUCAGACCUUCAAGGCUUGUGUUUGGCCCUUGAAACGACAACUACAGUAUACUGUCUCAAUGACCAAACCUAGCCAGCAUGCAUGGUUGAGUCCUGUACUGAUAAAAUAACAUACAGAACAUUUAUAUGAAAUGCUGUUAAAGGAAAUAUCCAUCGAAAAACUAUAUUUUGGUAUUUUACAGUCCCAACAUGUUUUGCAUGUCAGCAGACCAGUUUUCAAGAUAUUGGACUUUCAAGAAGAAAAGUGUCAGUUGCCACAUCAUCAUGAUGAUGCAUUUUGCAUCAUAUGAGGCAUUUUGCAUCAUCAUGAAGAUGUGGCAAAAGACACUUUGCUAUUUGUUGUUGUUGAGUGGAGUUAUCCUUUAAUUGCUGUUGACAUAUUUGAUUUGUUUCAACACCAGUGGAGGACAGUGAUUUCCCCAAUGUUGUUAAUAAAAUGAUCUGGCACAACCUGCCCUUGCAGAUCAGAAGUUACCAGAUAGUAGCCGAGCCACCACCGCUGAUACAUACAGUAGCUCUGCCUUGUUUCCACCAUAGUACUUUGACCUACAGGAAAAUAAUCCUGCAGCAACAGGACAUUUGAAUUAUGGAAAAGUGAAAAUUACUAACUUCAGAAUCCUUUUAAAACUUAAAAUAAACGACAAGCUUUAUAUUUCCUGCAUUGCAGGAAAGUUAUCUUGCAACAGGGUGAUCAAAUUAAGAUCCUACAUCUGUAUCCUGUCCUUUGAGAGCCACAAUGAGUUGCCAUCAAAUACAGGGGAAAGGUAGCAAGUUUCCAGAAUGGAAACUAAGUCUUCCUGACUGGGUUAAUGUGUCCUCUUCCCUCUGUGUGGACAGCCAGUGCUAUGGAAACUAAGUCUUCCUGACUGGGUUAAUGUGCCCUGUUCCCUCUGUGUGGACAGCCAGUGCUAUCUUUGUGCUGCUAAGGGCACCUUUCUCCAGCACACUGUCACCAAUAGAGGCCUUCAUGUUGUUGAUGCUCUAUUUGAUAGUUGCAACUUAUCACUGUUCAAAAUAGCUUUUCACACCAAGAGUGCAGUGAGAGGUCAGUCACCAAUGUGCAGUGAGAGGUAAACAUCUGAUUAUGAAUGAGUGAAACUCAUGGCUAGAAGUUGAGUGAGUAUUAUAUGAACACAACAUGUCAGUGGUCUAUAUAUAAACAGGUAGAAUAAAUCAGACAUUUAAUUAAGUGAUAAUGCCUGAGAAGCCGGUGUUUGGAGGAUAUAUUGGCACGGGUGUUGUUAGGCCAGAGACAAAGUCGGCAAACUGUGUCAAUGUAUCCUCCAAACACCGGCUUCGAGGGCAUUAUCACUUUAAUACAACGGGUUACCAACAUAUUCAAAUAAUGAUUGACAUAUUUUCAUAAAAAAUGUUAUUUUGAUGAAUUUAUUCAUAUUCACAUAUUCCUAACACAUGCUAUUUAAAAUAGCUUAUGUAAUGCCUAUUACAGAACUCUUCAGUCUGCUUAUUCAUUUAUCAGGAAAAUAUUUUGUUUUCUAAUAUCUGUACUCAUAUUUACUCUGUUGGGGAAAACAUACUUACUGAUGUGAUGUUAUUUUGGUAUCUUUUGAGGGCUACUGUCAUCCGAGGCCCUUGCAUCAGUAAUCUAUGACUGAAUUAAAAUGGUAGGCUAGAUUUGGGGAGAAUACAGUCCAUUUUGACCUGUUAUUUAGUUGUUAAAACUACUUGGAGUUGGAGGAGGGGUGAGACGCUCGCUCAUCCUCUCUCUUCUGUGAGACUCAGAGCAUGUGAUGAACAACAGACUUCUUCAGGCCAUUCGCAAAUGUGUUGCCUCAACUCCAGGGAAUCAACAACUGACCUCACAGCUGUCUGCUCUGCGCUGGGCGUAAAGGUAAUUCAUGAUAUUAAUAUAUGCUAAAUCAAAGAUGAGAAAUAGUUUUUGUAGCCUACACGAUGUAAUUUAGAAAAGUAAGUACAAGAAAAUGUAUAAACAUUAAUUAUAAGAUCUUUUCAGAUGCUGCUUUUUAAAUCAAUAUGGUGCUAUAUCCUGGUUAACUAGACUGACUGCUGGCUGCACUCACAGUAAAACAAUGUUAAAAUGAGUGGUCAGUCUAGUUAACGAGGCUAAUCUGGUCCACCCUGUGGAAUAAGUGGACAUUUAGCAGUGGUGUCAAUGUUUCCAUAUGUUGUGUUGGCUUGGGUACAUGGUUGAUAAACCUUCAGGAUUCUCACUAGUUUUGGUUACUUUACAGGGACCAUAUUCUCACUAGUUUUGGUUACUUUACAGGGACCAUAUUCUCACUAGUUUUGGUUACUUUACAGGGACCAUAUUCUCACUAGUUUUGGUUACUUUACAGGGACCAUAUUCUCACUAGUUUUGGUUACUUUACAGGGACCAUAUUCUCACUAGUUUUGGUUACUUUACAGGGACCAUAUUCUCACUAGUUUUGGUUACUUUACAGGGACCAUAUUCUCACUAGUUUUGGUUACUUUACAGGGACCAUCUCUGUGUUGCUGUAGAGUACUGGUUCAUAUUCUCCACCACCACCAUGGACCUGACCACGCUCUCAGACGACGAGGCCAAGCACAUCUGGGAGGUCAUACAGAGAGACUUCACCCUCAGGAAGAAAGAAGAAGAGAGACUGGGGUGGGUCACUUUUCAAUAAGGUUCAAUAUAAUAUUUCAGAGGUUUAGUAAGAAAAUAAUACAUUGAAUCAACGUUGAAGGGUGGAAGGCUUGGAAUGUGUUUUUCAAUAGCAUAUCUGACAUAACAAACUCCUUGUCUGUAUGUGACAUAUAUAAUCAUGAGGUCUUACGCUUACAGCAUUUAGGACUCUGUAACAAUGGAUACUUAUUGUCUGUCUUUUAGCUGAAUGCCAACACUAUAGAUUCCAUACGAGUCAAUCACACUGAGGUCCUCCGAGACACCGCUAUCUAUAUUUUAGCCAUAUGUUUUCCACAGUGUGUGUGCAUGUGUGUGCAUGUGUGUGUGUGUGUGUUGUGUGUGUGUGUGUCUGUCUGUGUGUCUGUGUGUCUGUUGUGUGUGUGUGUGUGUUCAGGCUUCAGGAAUAUAAGUGUGAAACAGGCCUGCUGUUGUGAGUCAGCUCAUCACAGUGAUCAUGGCUAAGUCACAAGGCCCAUACUGCCUGUACUGUGUCCCAGGGAAAACAAGUUGCCAAGAGGCCUAUUCUCUCUGGGACACAAAGACUCCUCUGUCUGUCUUCCUCAUCUUCUCAUACUCCUAAAGGAAAAUAGACUUCCAGUCAGACCUCACUUUAUUUUAUUCAGAAACUGUCAGAAGGACAUUGUGUAAAAGGUUUUGUUCUCUAUAAGUUAUUUAAUGUAGUCCCUGCUGAAACAGACAAAAACAGAACAACAGAAUGGUACAUUAUAAGUGUGAUCCUGCACGCAUGAUUCCACAAAGCCAACCUUAAGGUGAUUUAUUAUAAUCCAUGGAGUUAACAGGGACUUAAUGUUAUCUUCUUAAUGCUAUCUACUAAUCUACUGCAUACUGAUUUCAUCACUUCUCUAUGCUCUCCCCUCCUUCUCCUUCUCCUUCUCCUCUCCUCUCCUCUCCUCUCCUCUCCUCUCCUCUCCUCUCCUCUCCUCUCCUCUCCUCUCCUCUCCUCUCCUCUCCUCUCCUCUCCUCUCCUCUCCUCUCCUCUCCUCUCCUCUCCUCUCCUCUCCUCUCCUCUCCUCUCCUCUAGGGAUCUAAAGACUAAGAUAGAGAAGGAGGACACUAAGAUUGAGCUGCUGGGGACUCAGACCACCCUGGUAGACUCUCACUGUAUCCGCUGUCUGCAGCCCUUCAAGUUCCUGGUCAACAGUAAGCGUCAGUGCAUAGACUGCAAGAUGUACACCUGUAAGGCAUGCAGCCGCUACAACAAGAAGGAUCACGGCUGGGUGUGCGACCCCUGCCGGAUGACAAGGUGGGGCCCGUGGGUGUCAAGGUCUCCUGAAUACACAGUGUUAACAGAUUCUCCUGAACACACACUGUAGUAAUAACAGAUGGGUUUGGAAGCAUUGGCAAUCGUGUUUGACUGACCAGGUCUUAAACCCAGAUCGUCUGUAUCAUUAUGAAGCUUCAGGCAGGUAGAGAAGAGGGCCAACUCUUAUAAGGCUAGUAAUAGUAUGUAGUUAGAGAAGAGGGCCAACUAGGGCCUCCCGAGUGGCGCAGCGGUCUAAGGCACUGCAUUACAGUACUUGAGGCGUCACUACAGACCCGGGUUCGAUCCCAGGCUGUGUCACAGCCGACCGGGAGACCCAUGAGGCGGCGCACAAUUGGCCCAGCGUCAUCCGGGUUAGGGGAGGGUUUGGCCGGCCGGGAUUUCCUUGUCCCAUCGCGCACAAGCGACUCCUUGUGGCGGGCCGGGCGCCUGCAAGCUGACUUUGGUCGCCAGCUGGACGGUGUUUCCUCCAGCACAUUGGUGCAGCUGGCUUCCGCGUUAAGCGAGCAGUGUGUCAAGAAGCAGUGCGGGAUGGCGAGGAGGACGCAUGGCUCUCGUCCUUCGCCUCUCCCAAGUCCGUAAGACUGUAACUACCAAUUGGAUAUCAUGUAAAAGUACGAAACAUAUAUAUAUGACUACAUAACAGUAUGUAGUCAGAGAAGAGGGCCAAGAGUUCUGUUCAAGUCACAUGGUACGGACACCAGCUCUAUGGGGUUCAUAUACAUUCCACUGAUGAUGGGGUCCAUAUUGAGACUAGAGUGAUUCUUGUGUUUACCUCGCAGGGUCCUGAAAAUCGGAACGGUGGGAUGGUACCAUGACAACGUGCGCACCCGUUUCAAGCGCUUCGGCAGUGCCAAGGUGAUGAAGUCUCUUUACAAGCGACUCAAUGGAGAGGGUGGGUUCUUUUUGUUUGAUUAUUGAUUCAUUGUGCAUACUUCUAAAUGUAAGCGCAUGUUACAGUUGUGGUUGUUGUUGAGACAUGUGUCCAAGUGUCACAUUUUGGUCACCAGAUGAUCAGGAGUGUGUCACAUGGCUGGCUUUAAUGAAGAGUCACAUCGUAGGGCCUGUAAUCCCACCGGGGUGACAUGCCCACGCUAUGAUGACAUAUGGUCACCAGUGGCGGCUGGUGGGAGGAGCUAUAGAAGUACGUGCUCAUUGUAAUGGCGGGAAUGGAAUGAAUGGAAUGGUAUCAAAAACAUCAAACAUAUGGAAACCACUCGUUUGACUCGGUUCCAUUGAUUCCAUUCCAGCCAUUACAAUGAGCCUGUCCUCCUAUAGCUCCUCCCACCAGCCUCCACUAAUGGUCACAUGUAGUGUUCUAGAACUGAGAACAGUGUUCUAGAACUGAGUGGCUGUUGUAUGUUCUGUAUUCUAACAGUCCUCUUGACCCAGUGAUCAUUUGAAGUGUAUAUGUUAUCAGUAACAGUAUAUCACUACUCUUUGUCUCCACAGGCACCCGUUGUGAUAGUGAUACACAAAGCAUGCCCGACUUCCGCAGUAAGUAGAAUAAAUGAAGGCAAUGGGAAAAAACUAACACAUAUUUUAACAUACCUGAAAGCUGUGUAACCCUGUGUCACAUUUACAUACCAUAAUAGUAGAGUUGAUAACACCAGCAUAAGCACUAUGAUAUGCAAAUGUAACACAAGGUUACACAAUUUGGAGAAAAAAAAGGUUUGUGACCCCUUCCUCUCCCUCUCACCCCUUUAGAUGAUAGGUACAACGGUCAUGAUGAGGACUAUGCAGAAGCAGAAGCGCAGCGAUACAAAAUGGUAAACCAUUUUUCCUCUCCAUAUCGUUCUAGAGAAACUAGACAUAAUAUCCCAGACUCACUAUUUCUCUUUGUGUCUCCAUCCUGUUGUUUUUUCAGAUGCGCAAGAACAAGCGCCUGCUCUCUGUUCAUCCCAUGGACUUGGAUGUGGAUAUAGAAGAGUAUUUUCCACCCCACUCUCACACUCACUCUCGUCGACAAUCCUUCCAGGUAGACGGACAAAACAGUCUUGGUUUCUACUAGCCAAAAGUAGUGCAUUGUGGGAAUGGGGGGUUAUUUGAGAUUGUGAUUGUUAUGUCACCUCUCUACAGCAGAUCCAGGAGGAGCGAGGCGGUGGCCACCGGGGUGACAUGGAGUACAUGGACAUGCAGCAACAACAACACCGCAUGAACCGUAGGAAGAGCCUGGAUAGGUACAACAUGCGCCAUGGUAAGCAACACGCAACACGCAACACACUCGCACACACAGAGACAUUCAAUCAGACCUUGUUAGUUUGCAAUGUACUGUCGUGGUCAAAAGUUUUGAGAAUGACACAAGUAUUGGUCUUCACAAAGUUUGCUGCUUCAGUGUUUUUAGAUAUUUUUGUCAGAUGUUACUAUGGUAUACUGAAGUAUAAUUACAAGCAUUCCUUAAGUGUCGAAGGCUUUUAUUGACAAUUACAUUAAGUUUAUGCAAAGAGUCAAUAUUUGCAGUGUUGACCCUUCUUUUUCAAGACCUCUGCAAUCCGCCCUGGCAUGCUGUCAAUUAACUUCUGGGCCACAUCCUGACUGAUGGCAGCCCAUUCUUGCAUAAUCAAUGCUUGGAGUUUGUCAGAAUUUGUGGGUUUUUGUUUGUCCACCCGCCUCUUGAGAAUUGACCAUAAGUUCUCAAUGGGAUUAAGGUCUGGGGAGUUUCCUGGCCAUGGACCCAAAAUGUCGAUGUUUUGUUCCCCGAGCCACUUAGUUAUCACUUUUGCCUUAUGGCAAGGUGCUCCAUCAUUGCUGGAAAAGGCAUUGUUCGUCACCAAACUGUUCUUGGAUGGUUGGGAGAAGUUGCUCUCGGAGGAUGUGUUGGUACCAUUCUUUAUUCAUGGCUGUUUUCUUAGGCAAAAUUGUGAGUGAGAAGCAAUCCCACACGUGAAUGGUCUCAGGAUGCUGUCCUGUUGGCAUGACACAGGACUGAUGGUAGCACUCACCUUGUCUUCUCCGGACAAGCUUUUUUCCGGAUGCCCCAAACAAUCGGAAAGGGGAUUCAUCAGAGAAAAUGACUUUACCCCAGUCCUCAGCAGUACAAUCCCUGUACCUUUUGCAGAAUAUCAGUCUGUCCCUGAUGUUUUUCCUGGAGAGAAGUGGCUUCCUCGCUGCCCUUCUUGACACCAGGCCAUCCUCCAAAAGUCUUCGCCUCACUGUGCGUGCAGAUGCACUCACACCUGCCUGCUGCCAUUCCUGAGCAAGCUCUGCACUCCUUGCAGGUAACCAUGGUUAACAGAGGAAGAACAAUGAUUUCAAGCACCACCCUCCUUUUAAAGCUUCCAGUCUGUUAUUCUAACUCAAUCAGCAUGACAGAGUGUUCUCCAGCCGUGUCCUUGUCAACACUCUCACCUGUGUUAACGAGAGAAUCACUGACAUGAUGUAAGCUGGUCCUUUUGUGGCAGGGCUGAAAUGCAGUGGAAAUGUUUUUUGGGGAUUAAGUUCAUUUUCAUGGCAAAUAGGGACUUUGCAAUUAAUUGCAAUUCAUCUGAUCACUCUUCAUAACAUUCUGGAGUAUAUGCAAAUUGCCAUCAUAAAAACUGAGGCAGCAGACUUUGUGAAAAUUAAUAUUUGUGUCAUUCUCAGAACUUUUGACCACGACUGUAAUGGCAUUAAAAUAUUACAACAACAGUAAUCUCACACCAAACUGACAUUUGCUAAUAUAACCUGAGUCAAAGCAUUGGUCCUCAGACGAUGGACAGUAUGGGAUGGUGCGUGCCCGCUCCCUGUCCAAGAUCAGCUCCUCUAUGAACCGCCAGCACUAUGUGGACACGUCAGAAGAGGAGGAGGGAGGGCGCAACACCAUGUACCAGACCCCCCAUCGCCGACGCCCUUCCCACGGCCAAGUUGGCUCUCACGAGAACCUGCAGGUCCCCCCACAGCCACCGGUAGGGGACGUGUGUACGACAAGUGUGUGUGAGAAUGGUAUUUGUGUGUGUGUGUGUGACGUGUGUGUGAGUGAGUGUUCGUGUGUGUGAGAAAGUGUGUAGAGAGAGAAAAGAAAGAGAGAAAGAUAAAAAAGAGAGAAAUAUAAAGAGAGAGUGAGAAAUAGAGCUGAAACAGAGAUGAGAGAGAUGAUGUCCCUCUACACUAUUAAACUACCCUGACCAUAGAAAAUGACCCACGUUAACUAACAAACAAGGGUGGACUUGUCCUUCCUCUCAAGCCUGGGAAGAUGGAUUUCAAACAGUGUUGGGCUGCAUUACAUUGUACAUGUAUUUAUUGGAAGUUGAUCUUGUGUCUCAAGUGAUGCAUGCUGGGUUUUUUAGUGGAUUGAACUUUAGAGAGCAGAACAGAGACGUUGUUUCUUGAUUUGGAUAAUUAAUUAAUAGGGUGUAAUCAGCUGCUCUGCUCAGUCAAUGAUUACAACGUCUAUUUUGAGUGAUUACUCCAUGCAAGUCUGGUCUAAUACUAUCUCCAACCUUGUUUCAGGUUUGCCUCUCCAUUCAUUCACAAUGUACGUUUGUAUUGGUCUCACCUCACUCCUCUCCUGUCAUUAUGAUGCAGAUCAAUGCGCUAAACAAGCGCAUGUCAGCCAUAGAGAGUCUCCUCAACCGGCUGGAGUCCAAGAUGACCGUACCCCCCGACGAUGAGGUAAGAAAGGGUUAAAAACCUUCCUACUGCUCUCCUAACAGAGCAUUAUCUUUCUUGGAAUAAUCAUAGAGAGAAUUACAGGGGUUAAUCAAAGGGUAGCUUGUUAGCCAACUCUGGCCUAAACCUGUUGUUGCCCACCUUGAGUUGGGCUCAUUUCUAUUGCAACUCCUCCGAGUUGAAUUUGUUGAAUCUCUCCAUAAGACAUAAGCCAUUCAACUCCUUAACAUUCAAGUCUUAAACUGACGGGAAUCUAGAUGGAACUGACACCAACCCUGUUUCUGUCCACCUGGAAUAAAGUCAAGAAAACUACCCAGAACAGGAUUCACUGGAGAUGGACUGUUGAUGCUCGAGGUUCCACUAGCUGCAAAAAAGAAAAAAGUCAAGUAAGUAAAUCCUGUUUCUAUCCACAGGCGACGUCCCCGACCGCUGCACAGAUAGAGGAGGAGAAGCUGAGGAGGAAGCUGAGCGAGCUGGCGGGGAACAUCAGUGUUCCCUCCUCCGACGAGGAAGCAGGGGGAGGGGGGAAGAAGAACCCUUUAUUAAAGAGGGCCGCUGUGAAGAGUACACCCCCAGUCCUCCCCCUGGAGCCCCUCAGCUCCUCCAGCGAUGAGGGUCCCACUGAGGCUCAACAGGUGAGAUUUGGGGGUCCUGUUACCCUGUUACAUCUCAGACACACACCAAAAAGCUGUAGCGGAGGUGAUGGGAUCCAACCAAUGAUGUGUAUAAACCCUAGAUUGCUGAUGCUAUGUAAUGGCCAAUGAGAGGCUUUGAAGACCACCUGCUGCCAUAUUGGCACUCCCCAGUAGGAGCAGUCCUCCAUAGGAAUUAAUGGAAUGCUACAGUAUUUCAAUUAAAUGUUUCAAGGACAAAAUUACAUGUAUUUAGGUAUUUCUUUGUUGUAGUGGGGACAGUAUCAUUAGUACAAAAAAAUUUUUUUAUACUUUCAGGAAUAUCUUUUGUAUUUUUAUGUUCAGUUCACAUCAUAUAAUUUAAAAGUAUACAUUAAAGCAGGGUUCUUCAAUUCCGGUCCUGGAGGGCCGAAACACCUCUGUUUUUCAUCCUCUCCUUCUAAUCAGGGGCUAAUUCAGACCUGGGACACCAGGUGAGUGCAAUUAACUACCAGGUAGAAAUAAAAAACAGAAGUGUUUCGGCCCUCCAGGACCGGAAUUGAAGAACCCUGCAUUAAAGUGUCUGUAAUAAAGGCAGGAGGAGUACCAAAAUGGCUGUACUGUGGCUUCAAAACAACAACCCCUGUCAGUCAUCUAGGGUUUACAUCAUUGGAUCCGACCAGGGACCUCUCGCACGCAGAGUCAACGUCUUUAAAAAAAAUCACUAACACCCUAUAGCCUUUCAUUGCAGCAACACUCACACUUGUCUUUUCUCACGAGCACUUCAGCACUUUGCUGAUAGCUGCUUUAUUGAGGAAAGGUUUUACUUACUAUGACUGUGAUAUGAGGUUGCACCAACUGUAAGUCCCUCUGGAUAAGAGUAUCUGCUAAAUGACUACAAUGUAAAUGUCUUAACCAUUAGACCAAGACAUAAUCCUUGUGGUCUCAGGGUGACAUUUGGGCUAACAAGUCUCAGGCAGGGCUACCUCAUCACGAAAGUGUGAUUCCAAAUCACCUCCGCUACAUAUAGGAGAGAUAGGUACUUUCCCACCGGCUAAUUUCUGUUCCCUUACAUGGCUUUCAGAGAUCCACUGCGGCAGCCCUCUGUGACAUCACCAAAGAGUUUCUAAGAACCAUUAAUGCCACUGAAAGCGCAAUGAACGAGUACCGCCCCUCAGUACCGUCUAAUGACAGCCCCAUGUUAAUUGACAAGGCUGACAUAAGGCAAGCAGCUGAGUCUUACAGAGAACUUGAGGAAAAUGUAAGCUUAAAAAUCACACUCCUCUUUUCCUCCAAAGCAAUCAUAAUCCAAUCAAAAUAGCUGUGUGUCAAGUGUAGGGCCGAAGCUAUGCCUGCCUUUUUUUUUUUUAAGCAUGCAAGACUUCUUGUGUUGUCUUAAAGCAGAGAUUCGCUUUGUCUUCCAAGCAGUCUAGUCUGGAAUCUGUUAGCUUGCUAAUGGUGUUUGGUUGACAGCUCAACUGUAAAGGGUGCAUUUGUCCUGUGGUUGUCCUGUGCCCUGUUACAGGUGUACAUGACCUCAGGGAAGUCUUUUGACCUGGAGAAGAAGCUGAGGCAUCUGGAGCAGAGUGCCAAGAACCGCUUCGGAGGGGCCACGGACUCGGAGCUCUCUGAACUGGAGGAUGUGGUGGCUCUGACUGCACAUCGGGUCCAGAGCACUGAGAGUGAGGUGGGUGACGAGGCUCUACUGAGCAGGCUUCUACACAACAGGGAUGUGCUGUAGGGACUAAAAAAAGCACACCGCAAACUGUAGUUAUCCAAGAAACAUUGUAGCCUACAGGAACUGAAUCAAGAAAUAACAAUAAAACACUGGAGCACAUUUUGUUGAUAUAUCUAUUAUUUUCAGAUAACUUGUUUUCCUUCAGAAGGGUAUCAUUUGUACUUUGUGUCUUUUCAUUCAUUCUCUCUUAGGUGUCUGAUUUGGAGAACAAGCUUGCUGCUCUAAGUGCCUCAGGGAAGAAAAAGGUGAGUAUUUUGUGCUAUUCACUAUUUCUCUUCAGACCCGCUUGGGCUUGCAUUGAUGCUUAUUGUUGUCCUAUGCUGUUCUCUAAAACCUCUAUUCUAUCUGACAGAUAUCAGGUUCGCAGAACAGGAAAAGGUUUAACCAAGACUUCCCCACAAGUAAGGCCCAAAAGCAUAUUGUAAUGCCCCUAAUACGUUGUCGUUCAGUCCUGACCAACUGUAUUUAUGACAAUCUCCUCUUGUUUCCACGUUCAGAAACCAGCAAUGGCUCAGGAUCCCUACGGAAAUCAAAUCACAUGUAAAGGACUGUGUGACGAAUAACCCAAUGAUACUGUAUGUAUUAACUUAGUUACUUAAAUCUACCUUAAACCUUAUCUGUCACUGAUCCACUGUAUAUCUGAUGCCACUCUCAUAUCCACAUUGCUACAGUAUGUUAAUGGUAUUCCACACCCACAAUGCACAGCAGCAAUGUAAUGUAAAAGCAGGAUACACAAUAACUAUGUUAAAUGCAAAAACAACCCUGGUUUACAGCCUGAAAAUCAUAUGCAAUCUAAUGUAUCCUCUCAGUCUCAGUGUAUCUCAUCUCUAAACUCAUGAAAAGAUCUGAUGUGAUUGGUCAA